CUUCAGUUGUUAAGAAGCAGAAGAAGAAGAAGGUUGUAAGUAAACAAUCAUCGUCUUUCAGUGAUAUUUUAUUUUGCAUAAAAAAUAAGUCUAUUCAGUCUAAUUGUUUCAUAAAAAUUCAAAAACACAAUAAAUCAUGGCUGCAUCAUCUGUAGAGUUGAGUUCAUAUCGAGAUCAGCACUUUAAGGGAAGCCGAAAUGACCAGGAACGACUACUGAGAUUCACAACAACACUGUACGUGGGCAAUCUAUCAUUCUACACGACGGAGGAACAAAUUCAUGAACUCUUCUCACGAUGUGGUGACAUCCGGAGAAUUGUAAUGGGCCUGGAUAAGUUCAAGAAGACUCCGUGCGGCUUCUGCUUUGUCGAGUAUUACACACGAGCUGAUGCUGAGAUGUCUAUGAGGUACAUAAAUGGAACACGGCUCGAUGAUCGUCUAAUUCGUGUGGACUGGGAUGCAGGAUUCGUCGAGGGACGACAGUAUGGAAGAGGAAAGUCCGGGGGACAGGUACGAGAUGAAUACCGAACUGACUACGAUUCCGGACGAGGUGGCUACGGAAAGAUUCUGCAGCAGAAAGCUGUCCCAAAUACUGAUAAUCUCUAAGAAUUUAGAUUAAAUAAAUAAUAUUAUGUAUGUUA